GACUCACAAAUCACAGCGGCAGAGGGAAGCGGCGGGGCUGAACCGUGGCUCGGAUCAAUGCGGGGGUGUCUAGCUUUUGACGCGCACGCCUCUCAGCGCGUGGAGAUUUCUACGGCCGGAGCGGGGUGAGAGCCGAACAUUUUAAUGGAAAGUGGGCGCGUUAUUAAGUAUACGGUGACAGACCUGUUGCGCAGGGGUCGAGCCGGGGAUGGAUUUAAGUAGACUCCUGCUUCUGCUGCUCUCCAUGGCUGCCUCCGAUAUCCCGGGUGUUCAGGCCAGACCAAUCGACUUUGUGUGCGACGGCCACGCCAGGAGGGACCUGAACACGGUGAAGGAGCUGGAGUCCGGCAUGGGAGAAUGCAGUGGUUCGGCUCUACUCCCCUUACCAAUCACCUUGCCCUGUAUGAAGACUCACAAAGCAUCGUGGGAUAGGAAAUCAGUGCAGCAGAAGAGGGGGGACAUUGUGGCUGCUCUGAGGGCUCUGGCGCAGGGUGUGCGGGAGGUGAGGUCACUGCUCCUGCCCGAGUGCCAGGCCUCCCUGCUGGAGAGACUGGAGCGCAGCGUCACCAACUACCUGCACAUCCUCACACACCUGGAGCUCACCGGUGAAGACGAUAGUUUGGUGGCAGCUUGCCCCGGCCACCCAACCAGGAACCUGGGCGACGUGUUCUGGAGCUUCAGCCGGCUGCUGACCGGCAAGCUGGAGUGGCUCGCGGCAGAGCUGAGCGCCGGGUGUCACGCGGAGGGGAAGACCUCCAACCUCUGACCUUCGACCUUCGACCUUCGACCUUGCAGGUGGAUUGCUGGGAAGCCGUGUUUCCGGCGGGGGCCUCCUGGUAUUACUGUCGGGCAACUCAAGCUGCUGAGAGUCUUGGACUGAUAUGCCGCCUCUGGCUUCGUCGCCGCAACCUGCCUUUUUAAAUGGGGGAAACUGCGCCCUCUGCUGGUCAUGAGUCAGAUGGACAGCAAAUCACUGCACCUUUUGGCAAUUCAUGGAGAACAGCUAUGAUGUGAGAGAUUUUGCCUUAAAUAUGAACCAAAAAAAGGGACUUGCUGACCUAAAACUCAUAUUUAUGCACAUGUUAAUAGUUCAGAUUAUUUUUUGAGCUUCAUUUAAAAAUGUAUGUGACCACAAUCGUGGUAAAAAGUGGUGAAAAAAAAAAAACUCAAAAGUCAAAAGACAAUUUGAAAAAAGAGGCUGAUCUCUUGUAAUGCACUGAAAUAAGGACAGUCCUGGAGGGCUGUCUGAGAUGGUGGUGACUGUGGACUCUUUGCUAAUUUAUUUUAUAUUUUUUCGUUGGGGGGGACGCUGGAUAGAAUUUCUAUAGGCCAAUCAGAACAGAUGGGAUGAGGGACGUUCAGCCUAUCAACAGCUUUUUUUUAAAAACCCUUUAAUGUAUAAGUUCACAAAUACAUGAUUAGAAUGCUCUUAACUGAAUAUUCCAAUGCUGAUGUAAUGCAGUGGGAGUUCUAGAACUAGUUCUAGUUCUCCCAAAAAUAGCCCUGCUCUUCAAAGGGUUCAAAUCCAGCCUCAGGGGGUAAAGUCCCAACGACUUCCUUGACAGAAGGUUCCCUGUAUUUCGAAUGCUCUUGGAGGAAACAUGUAUGUUCACUCCCGACUGAACAAUCAACAGCUAAACGGAUAAAACUAAUAGACAACAUGAUGUGAUGGUGCACUGGGGAUGGAUGGGCGGUUCAUGGUUUUUAGGAAGGGGGGUAAGGAAUUUUAGGAGGAAGUCUUAAUUGAGACGGAUUACCUGGAAUUGUCUGUCUGCAAUGCAAGCAGAACUGGAAGAGAACAGGAAUUAAUGUAGCAUGUGUUCGACAUGGUAUGCCUGUAUUUUUACUGUAUAUUGAAUCCUCUAUUGUAAUUGUUUUAUACUCUCAUUUUGAAAAAUGUUUAUAUUGAGGUAUAAAAAUAUUCUUUUAUAAAAGUUACACUGCUGACAAUAUAUGAAUGGCAUUAUUGUCCAUACAAUUGUAACUAUAUUGGUAUUUAUUGCACAUUAUAUAUUGAAGCAUUUAAAAUGUUAAUAUAGAAUUGUUAAGGCCUAAAUAGGUAUAUUUUCACUUAGAUGGUACAUGUUUGACAUCUGCUUUAUAGUUAGGCCAUCAGCUGAACUUUAUACUGUUUUAUAACAAUGUGCUUUAUUGGAAAUGUGCUACUGAAAGCAUCUACAGCGUGUUCAUGUUUUAAAAAAUUGAGAGGGAAACCUGGGACAACGAAUCUUUGGAUCAUUUCCGGAAAAACAAACGAAUGUUGCAUUCACACAGAUUUCUUUAUUCAAAGACAAUAAAAUGCAUUCAAGUGUAAUGCGUUUUCUCUUCGCGGUGCCUUGACAUGUAGGAAUUGAGAAUUUACCGGAGAUCCAGCCUCGGUUGUCAGGUUUUCGUUAUGGGAUUAAUUAUGAAUUGAUAUUCAUGUUUUCAUGUUAUUAAUGAAUCGAUAUUUUCCCUGCGAAACAAUAACAUUUGCUGCCAAUUAAAAAUAAUUACUUUGA